UACCUCGCAAUGGGGUCGAAGAAACCUACUCUUUGAAGAAGACAUGGCCGAUAAGGCUCGGAGAACCAACAAAUUUAAAUAUUAACUACAAGGAUUUUUUUUUUUCUUGCGUAGGAAUCUUCAGAUCUGGGUGGGAUGCCCACUGACAUGCUCUUACUCUAGGGACAAACCACAAAUCAAAAGAAGGGAAAAAAGAAAAAAAGAAAAAAAGAAAAAAGGGCACUUUUACUUGCAAGUGCAACUUUAUCAGUCCAAUCAACCAUCACUGAUUCUCCACCCAAUUGGUCAUUAUCUGUCCAUCUUUUUUCUACUACUUGGGUCACAACUCAGCUCCCUUUCUUCUCAUCUUCCUCUUCCUUCUCAGAUUCAGUUGCAGAUAUGGAUUGUCCAGGUCCAAGGUUGUUCCCGUUGCAUCGCUGCAAAACUCUUCACCUGGUGAGGCAUGCACAAGGGAUGCACAAUGUAGAGGGAGAUAAGAAUUACAAAGCUUACUUGUCUCCCCAAUAUUUUGAUGCACAACUUACUCAACUUGGUUGGCAGCAGGUUGGCAAUUUGCAUAAGCAUGUUCGAACAUGUGGCCUUUCCAAGAGGAUUGAGUUGGUUAUUGCAUCUCCUUUGCUAAGGACAUUGCAAACAGCUGUUGGAGUUUUUGGAGGUGGCGGCUAUACAGAUAGGACAGAUGCACUGCCACUUAUGGUAGCAAAUGCUGGAAAUAGUGGUCAAGCUGCAAUUUCAAGCCUCAAUUCCCCACCUUUCAUUGCUGUAGAACUCUGCCGAGAACAUUUUGGUGUGCAUCCUUGUGACAAGAGGCAAAACAUCAGUGACUAUCAAUUUCUUUUCCCUGCAAUUGAUUUUUCAUUGAUAGAAACUGAUGAGGAUGAAAUGUGGAAGGCCAAUGUGAGAGAGACAACUGAAGAACUUACUGCCAGGGGAUUAAAGUUCAUGAACUGGUUGUGGACAAGGAAAGAGAAAGAGAUAGCAAUAGUUACCCACAGUGGGUUCUUGUUUCAUACCUUGAAUGCAUUUGGAAAUGACUGUCACCCAUUGGUGAAAAAGGAAAUAUGCAAUCGCUUUGCGAAUUGUGAGCUUCGAUCCAUGGUAAUCGUUGACAGAAGUAUGACAGAAUCAGAUCCUGCAACAACUAACUAUCCUGGAAAGAUUCCUCGAGGGCUGGAUCUUCCGAGUGAUGCUCCAGAGGAGGAUGGAGGUGGACCCAAAACAAACUCAGUCAUCUAAGCAGUAAAAGGGUUGAAAUUUGAGUUGAGCAUUCAUAAUUUGAGUAUUGGCAUUCUUGGAGAAAACCAAUGGCUUCCAUGUUCUGAAAUGUUUACUUUUGUUGUCCAGAACAGGAUGAUACUCAGAGUUCUGCUAAUUACAACAGAUUCAAGCUCUGCUUGUUUGAAAUGAAAACUGGGAUGACUUGUUGCUUGAGAUGUUACCUUUGUUAUUAUUAUAAUAUAAUAUGAAACUUUGUUAUUCAAGCGAUCAAA